AUGAGUGAGCAGGAGCAGGCGUCCACGUCCUUCGGGGGGAGUCAGGCUGAGGGAGAAAUGAGAGCUACAGCCCUUAAAAACUUCAACCAGCUCCGGCUGGACGGAGAACUCUGCGAUGUUCUCAUCCAGGUGGACGGCGUUGAAUUCAACGCUCACAAAAUCGUCCUGUGUGGCUGUAGCUCCUAUUUCAGGAGGCUGUUCAGCAGCGUUUGGAGCCCUGCAGAGAAGCGCGUCUAUAACAUCCCUGGAGUCUCUCCUGAGAUGAUGGGCCUUAUUAUUGAAUACGUGUACACGGGCUCCAUCACCAUAACCGAGGAGAACAUACAGGAGCUGCUGGUUGCCGCUGACUACCUGGCCGUCAUGGACGUUGUGCACGCCUGCUGCCAGUUCCUGGAGGACCAGCUGUGUGAGGAGAACUGCAUCGGCAUCUGGGUGUUUGCUGAGUUCUACUCGUUCUGCCAGCUGCAGCAGAAAGCCUACCUGUUCAUCCUCAACAACUUUGAAGAGGUGGUGCGCGUGUCCGAGGAGUUCCUGGAGCUGUCGCUGACGCAGCUGAGCAGCAUCAUCGAGAAGGACAACCUGAAAGUCAAACAGGAGGAAAUGCUGCUCCAGGCCAUCCGGCGCUGGAUCUCACACAAGCCAAAUGAAAGGAAGGAACACCUCCCCACCCUACUGCCUAAGGUCAGAUGGAGAUUUUAA